CUUCCACUUGAACCUGUUGUGUUCUUUCAUUAAAGUUACACUCCCCCAGGACUAUUAGCAUCCAUAUCAGGUCCGUAACUAUAUGGCAGAAGACUUUGAUAAGUCACAGAUCAAGAACUCAUGUAACUGGUGAAUGUGUGCUUCUACUCUGAUCUGCAACUACAGUUAAAAAAUAAGAAUAAGAUUGCUGAGAUGGCAAAUUUAUUUGCCCAUAGGGUAUGGUCUGUGUUUCUUACACUACUGAUUAAUUUUUGCUGUAAAUGCAUAGCAUCUGCUUUGCUAGUGAAAGGGUCCCACGUGAGUUUAUUUAUGCAGACGGUGACAUCAUUACUCUAGCUAGACAGCACGAAACCAGACAGGCUAGGAGGAGACUAGCUGAAGCGCUCUCCCUUAACCCACAACUACCGACUGCUACAACACAGACAAAAGUGUCUUGGUUUUUAUUUCUUUAGUGAGUAUCAGACAUGGAUGGUUUCCAGACAAUUCUGAAAUUCUUUAUGAACCGGAAAACUGCUAUUGGUUACAGUUUUAUGGCUCUACUAACAGUGGGAGGUGAACGUGUAUUUUCUCUUGUUGCUUUCAGAUGUCCCUGCAGCAAUGAAAACUUCAGGUAUGGUUUGGUAUUUCUCUUCGCCCCAGCUUUUGUUUUGCUAGUUAUUGGAUACUUCUUGAAUAGCAAGACGUGGAAACUCUUUACAGGCUGCUGGGUGAAUCCCAGAAAAAUAUUCCCAAAGGGGAACAUCUGCCAUUUCUUUUAUGUCUUUGGACGUAUCACUUUAAAUGCUCUGGUAGCCCCAGUAAUGUGGCUCUCUGUGGCUUUGCUCAACGGGACUUUCUACGAAUGUGCCAUGAGUGGUUUGAAAAAUCCUGCCUACUUACAUGCAGUUUGUCACAGCAAAUCUGACAAGUGCUUUGAAGAGCUACACAAGGUAGCCUGUGGCAAAAGUACCAUGUCCUUUCCAGAGAGUGAGGAACUCAAAUUAACUCUUCAAGCACAGUCCCAGAUUUUAGGCUGGUGUGUGAUAGUUACCACUGCUCUUCUGUCCCUGCUAACUACGUGCUGUGCCAGCUGCCAGUCGAAAGUCAGCCACCUCCAGCUAAAGUUCUGGAGAACGUACGUGGAGAAGGAGAAGGAGCAGCUGGAGCAGAUUUUCCAGCUGUAUGCCACCAAGCUGAGUGAACGAAACCUGAAGAGCUUUUUUGAGAACACGGAACCAGAAGCUGUUCCCCUGCCAGCUUUUCAGGCAUGGGAAGAUGCUUCUCAGCUCUACUCUUUCAACAGUGGUGAACAACAUUAUAGCACAAUUCAUAGGCUAGUUGAGAAAGGCCAGAAAGAAAUCGGUGAGGAAAGAGAGACAGUGCUGGACUUUGUAGACAGAAGGGAAAUACCAUAAAUUGCAUCGAUUUUCAGCCUUUUUAUAAUAACUUGCUAGUAUAGCCUAUUGCUAUAUGUUUUAGUCUCUCUGGUUCACAACGGCCUUUCUUCUUGUUCACUUUCCAUUCCAAUUACAUGCUUGCUCCAAAAAGAUGGAAUGAAAUUAUUUCUCUGCAUCAGUGAGAAUGGUUUAGUCCUCAAUGUCACCAAAAUCUCAUGCUUUGCAAGCACUGGCUCUGGAUCAAGAACUGAUCCAAAAAGGACAGCAUUGACAGAAAAAAAGGACUGAACAACGACUUCUGAAAAAUAGAUUUAACUACUUCAUAUGUAAAACAUAUAGCAUGCCCAUCCUAUAUAAAUCAAGAGACUAUCAUAAAGUAAUACCAUUUAAAAAUUCAUAUAUAUAAUAAUAGAAGAGAUAUGUGGCUUGUUGACAGUCCACAGGAGGUAAAGGUUUUGCUUUCAGGUCUUUUCUCAAGGCACACCUCUGAUCUGAGGCACCGCGAUCCCUCAAAGUAACUGUGUGCUUUCAGUUUCCUGAUGCACCGAUAAUGCUGUGGAUAGUCACAUCAGUCAGCCCUGACCUUCUAGUCUCUGAGACAUUCACAAGGGACGUGGGACAGUCACAUCUAUUGACAGUGAGGUUCUUGAAGUGGGCAAAUCUGACAGUCUUAUAGGUUAUAAAGAACUUGAGAGUCCCAAAUAGUUUCACAGUUCGGUGUUUUUGUAAGAAAAAAAAGUUAUUUUAAAACAUAAUCAGAGUAGUUGUUAAUGCUUUAUUGCAAUAAUGAAAAUGUAUCAUUGAUAUUUUGCCUCCCCAGACUAGUUGGUAUUAGCUUCUACCACUCAGUAUCUGGGAAACUUCCCUUUGCAUUGGAAUAAAGAUCUGAUUUUUGGUGGAUUUUGGACACCGGGUGCAGCCUGUAGAACUGCAGAAUACUGUUUGUACUGGGCCUGCAGCCAACCUAAGACAGAGAGGCUGGAAGGAAAUUCCACAUUUUAAGACAACAAAGAAAAUAUUUUUGCAGCAGGCUGAUUUUAUUUUUCGUAAUAUCUUUGGAAAGUUAGAAUGUGCCUGGGCAAGGGGAAUUAGCAGGCAAGGCAGGUGAGAUGACUGCAGAAUCAGAAUUUCUGAUAAAUGCGUUUUAUCCUUGAGCUCUGCGUUUUACCUCAUGUGCUUGGAAUUCACAACGUGGCUUUCAUACGGGGUGUCCAGAAUAUUUGCAAACAUUGUAUUAAUGGGGAAAACGGGGAAGAAAGUUUCUGCCAAGCUUCUUUCCCAGGGGUGAUCGGCAGGUUUUUAUGCUGCAUUUUACCUCCCGUCUCCUUGAGCCUGAAAAGAAUCACAUUUCUACAUAGCUCAGAUCAGAUUCUUGUCAACAAACUAAUGCAAUCCACCCCACUGUUCUGUUUUCAGGGCUCAUACUCAUUGUGCUCAGUAGAAGGAAAAAUUUGUCUGCAUUUACAGUCCAUUACUCCUUUUUAAUAAAAUACAAGAACUAAUUCCAUUA